GGGUUUGCCCUUUCAUACUCCCCAGCCAUAGCAAUGGUGGGCAACUAUUUUCACAAGAGGAAAGCCCUGGCAUAUGGAAUCGCCAUGUCAGGCUGUGGCAUUGGGACCUUCCUCCUCGCUCCCGUGGUCCAGCUUCUCAUUGAGCACUUUUCCUGGCGCGGCGCCUUGCUCAUCCUGGGUGGUUUUGUUUUGAACCUUUGUGUCUGUGGUGCCUUAAUGAGGCCAGUUGCAGGAAAAGAGGACCACAAGAACACGCUGGAAUUCCCUGAGCAAGACUUUGAGCUGGAAGUGCAAAAGCCGGGCUUCAAGCAGUGGUCCUUCUGCUCCCCUGUGAUCAAAAUUUGGUCGCACAAGUGUGUGUGCCGCUGCUCGCAGCAGGAGUACAACUUUGCACUGAUGCCAGACUUUGUGAUGCUUGCAAUCUCCAUCUUAUUCAUGGCUUAUGGCUGCAGUCCACUCUUUGUUUACCUAGUGCCUUACGCGUUAAGCGUCGGAGUCAGCCACCAACGGGCGGCUUUUCUCAUGUCUGUCCUUGGGGUCAUCAACAUCGUUGGCAAUAUUACUUUUGGAUGGCUCACAGAUCAAAGGUGUUUGAAGAAAUACCGUUACAUUUGCUACCUCUUUGCAGUGGCAAUGGAUGGUCUCUGUUGCCUCUUCCUUCCAGUUCUCCAAAGCUUUCCCCUCCUGCUGCCUUUCUCUUUCAUCUUUGGCUAUUUUGAUGGAGCCUACAUCACUCUAAUCCCGGUGGUGACAGCAGAUGUCGUGGGGACCGCGUCCUUAUCCUCCGCCCUUGGCAUGGUCUACUUCCUUCACGCAAUCCCUUACCUGAUCAGCCCACCUGUUGCAGGUUGGCUUGUGGAUACAACUGGCAACUACACUGCAUCUUUCCUGCUUUGUGGGUUUUCCAUGUUACUCAGUUCGACACUGUUGUGCUGUGCAAGACUGGCCAAGAUCAGACCCACUUCCUCAGGGCCAGGAGGCAGAGACACUCAGGCCAAGCAAGAAACUUGGACGAAUGGAACCAUAGUUUAUUUGGUAACUGGCGAACUGGAUCAAAGAGGUGAAGAAUUGUUGGCUGGUGAGGCAAACAGCUACAGCAAAAGAUGACAUAUGUGCUAAAUCUCCCUCUACCUAAAACAGAUUUUGCUAAGUCUGCUACAGUUGAUUUUGUUUUUCUCCAAUAGAGGGAGGGAAGAAUUCCAGACUUUUCAUCCAGAAAUGUUCUGUCUUCCUAGCAAAUUAAAAAGUCUGUGGUAAAC